GGAGAGAGACGAGAGGGGGAGACGAGGAGAGGGAGAGAGGCGAGAAGCGACGCGGAGGUGACGAGGCGAGUCGGUAAGAAGAGGAGACGAGGUGAGAAGAGAGCACACUAGGGGGAGAAAGACGACGAGGAGGCGAGGUGUGAGGAGAGGCGACGAGGAAAGAGGCAAAGAAGUCCGACGAGGUGGGAGUGCGAGCGAGAUACACGCGCAUGAAGUAGACGGAAGAGGUGGACGAGGUGGAAGGAGGAGGAGGAGGUGACGAGACGAAGGGGGGUGGUGUGGGAGAGAGAGGGAGGGAGGGAGAGGCAUCUGGCGACCUCCCUCGCCAUGGCGUGGACGCUGAAGCUGCCGCUGCCGGACGAGGCCAUCGAGUCGGGGCUGGCGCACGACUUCGACUCCAGCCUGUCGGGCAUCGGGCAGGAGCUGGGGGCCGGGGCCUACAGCAUGAGCGACGUGUUGGCGCUGCCCAUCUUCAAGCAAGAGGAGUCGAAUCUGUCGAGCGAGAGCGACGCGAAGCAGCCGCCGUUCCAGUACGUGCUGUGCGCGGCCACGUCGCCCGCCAUCAAGCUGCACGACGAGACGCUCACCUACCUGAACCAAGGUCAGUCGUACGAGUUGAGAAUGCUGGAUAACAGGAAGAUGGGAGAACUCCCGGAGAUCAACGGCAAAUAUGUCAAGAGCAUCGUGCGCGUGGUGUUUCACGACCGCCGCCUGCAGUACACGGAGCACCAGCAGCUCGAGAGCUGGAAGUGGAACCGCCCCGGGGAUCGCAUCCUCGAUAUCGACAUGCCGAUGUCCGUGGGCAUCGUGGACCCGAGGGCCAACCCGACGCUUCUCAACACCGUGGAGUUCCUGUGGGACCCUGCCAAGCGCUCGUCCGUCUUCAUCCAGGUGAACUGCAUCAGCACGGAGUUCACGCCCCGGAAGCACGGGGGCGAGAAGGGAGUGCCGUUCCGCGUUCAGAUCGACACGUUCAAGCAGAAUGACGGCGGGGAGUACACGGAGCACCUGCACUCGGCCAGCUGCCAAGUCAAGGUCUUCAAGCCGAAAGGUGCGGAUAGGAAACAAAAGACGGACCGAGAUAAGAUGGAGAAACGGACGCCGCUGGAGAAGGAGAAAUACCAGCUGUCCUACGACACCACCAUCCUCACCGAGAUGAAACGGGCCGGCACUAAUGGCGGAGACGCGCAUGAGAAUGAGCUGAAAAAAUCGACUAAGAGGACUAUGCUAGGCGAAGUCGGGGAUUAUCAUGCAAAGAGAGGCAGUUCUUGCUCGCCGUGGCCAGACACGACGUACCUCGACAACAGCCCCACCACCACGACGACGACGACGACGGUGACGGCGGUGGCGGCCACCAGCAGCUUCCAGCCGGCCACCUCAUCCGCCGCACCCACCACCUUCGUCAACGACAGUGACUGCUCAUCGCCAAACCACCAGAACGAGGUGUCCAAUAACGCCAUCCUCGAGAGCUUUACAGUAGAAGCCCUCUUAACGACGCAGCAGAAGCUGUCGCCUACGGCCACAAUCCAAGAGAUGCAGCAGUGGCUGCACCAACACCGUUUCUCCAGUUUCAGUCGCCUCUUCUCAAACUUCACAGGGGCGGACCUCCUCAAGCUGUCUCGAGAUGACCUCAUCCAGAUCUGCGGUGCGGCCGAUGGGAUUAGGCUCUACAACGCCGUCAAGGCCAGGUCGGUGCGCCCACGCCUCACCAUGUACGUGUGCCAGGAGACGCAGCCGCCGAAGAAGGCCGCGGCGCAGACGCAGCCUUCGCAGGCCGUCACGGAAAACGGAGGCCCCCCGCACAGCGCCAUCUACGUUUACCACGCGGUGUUCCUGGAGGAGCUGACGGCCGCGGAGCUCCAGGAGAAGCUCGCCACCCUCUUCAACAUCUCCCCACGCCAGAUCCAGCACAUCUACCGGCAGGGCCCCACCGGCAUACACGUCCUCAUCAGCGACCAGAUGGUACAAAAUAUCCCGGACGAGACGUGCUUUAUCCUCGACACUCUGAAAGCGGAGAACACGGAGGGAUACCACAUAAUAUUAAAAUGAGUCUGCGGGGACACGUUACUCUGCGACCGCAACCCCGUCCCCAGGAACAACUUGCCCGAGUCAUCUCUCCGUCGUUACUGUAAGCUGUUUUUAUUUUACCAGGUAAG